AUGUGUGGAACUUCAGAGGUGACGUUGGGUUUGAUAGAAUCCUGUGGGAGCUGGUAUUAUUUGAUGAAGGUGUCGGGGGCGCAGCGUGGGCGCGAGCGGCAUGCGGCCCCCGCGACAGACGCCCAUGGAGGUAGGAUAGCGCGCGGCCACCAGCGCCCACUGCCUCUGCUCACCGCGCUAGCCAUGGAACCCGCGGAUGUGCCGAGGCACAGACCCCUCGCAUUCGAUAAGAUGGAAAGUUUAAUUAAAGAAAUGCAAGAUCCGGAGACCGGUGUGCCAGUUCGAAGUCAAAAACUUUUUCUGACCUACGUACCUUCUGCGUUUGCGGCAUCGGAUGUUAUCGAAUGGAUUAUGGAGCGAUUUAACGUAGACGAUUCUAACAACUCGGAAGGAUUGAUUUUAGCAAAUCAGCUAUGUCAAUAUGGUUACCUCUUUCCUGUCAGCGAUUCAAAAGUCCUUGCAUUAAAGGAUGACAAUUCUCUUUUUAGAUUUCAAAGUCCAUACUACUGGCCGUGGCAAGGUCCCCGCGUGGCCGGAGCUGGUUCGGGCGCACCGGCUCUAGGCCCUGAUAACGUCGAAUACGCCAUCUACCUCGUGAAACGCACACUACGAAACAAACAACGCCACGGCCUGGAGGAGUAUGAACAGGAAGCACUAGCGAACUUAAAGAAGAACCUCGCUGCUAAAUGGGACUUUAUUACUAUGCAAGCGGAAGAACAGGUGCGGUUGGCCAAAGAGCGAAAAAAAGGUGACAAGAUAGUAAGCGACAGUCAGGAGAGAGCGUACUGGCGCGUGGCUCGACCACCGCCGGGCACGUUGACAGCCCUAGAGUCAUGUCCUGUACCGGUACGAGCUAGACACCCGACGAAACCUAAGAAGAGAACCAUACAACAGAUCACUAGAGAGAUUGAACAUUUAAAGGCUAGCCUGGAUCGUACGCGUGUGAAGACCUCAAUUGCCCUCGAAGCUCUAAUGGCUUAUUCGGAGACCUUCGCCGCCUAUGAUCCCUGGCUCACACAACCACAGCCAUCCAAUCCUUGGAUUACGGAUGACACUCUCUUUUGGCAAAUCAACAGUCCCAUUGUUGAAGUACCGAGCGAGAAACGUGUUCAGCGUUGGGCUGUUUCUAUAGAGGAAUUAGUAUCGGACCCUACUGGUCUUCAAGAGUUUACGAGUUUCCUUAGAAAAGAAUAUUCUCACGAAAAUAUUCGAUUUUGGUUAGCUGUUAUGGAUCUUAGAAGAAGUAGUACUAAGCAAAUACCUAAGAAGCUUGAAGAAAUAUAUGAGGAGUUUUUAAAGCCAGGCGCGCCUUGCGAGAUCAAUAUUGAUGGAGCGACGGCGGAUCGUGUUACGGAAGGUAUCCGUAGUGGAUCGAGGUACGCACUGGAUCACGCGGCUGAUCAUGUGUACGGAUUGUUAUUGAAAAAGGAUUGCUAUCCGCGAUUCAUUAGAUCCGAUCACUUCCAAAGGUUAUUGGCUGAGGGAAGAAAUGUGCAUCAAAAGAAAGCUAAAUUUUUCAAUUUCGGCGGUCAAGUAAAGAAGAAGCCGGGAUCUACGAGCGGCAGUAGCGGUAGUGGGGCAUUAACUAGAAGGCGUGGUUCUGAUCGUUCGUUAUCUGGUUCUGCACAUGAGUUAGCUGUCUGCGCCGCUCAGCCACCACGCGCCCCCGAGCCGCCCCCACACAGCCACUCACAGUCCAAUCUAUGUGAUAUACCAUUCAGGGAUCCUUUGGACGAUGACACAGCUGAUGUACUGCCCUGGGAGAAUUCGACUCGGGAUAGUGGGUACGGGGCGAGACGGCGGCAAGACUCGACUGCAGACUCGGGGAGUUCGUCAUCGGAUGUGAGCGCUGCGUUGGCUACAAACGAACGACGGAGACUUCCUCAGCAGAGCACACUGGAUGGUGGCUUACGAGGCGCGCCACCACCUCUCCGACGAUUAUCAGCUGUAGAACCGCGCCACCUCGCGCCGUUAUCAUCACCGCCACAUUCACCUCGAUACACGCGCGCUCACCAACAACCCAUACACGCGCCCGUCCCUCCUCACCAUCCUACACCCACUAUCAGCGUCAGCUCAGCCCCGGAUGACGAAUCCGCUGAAUCACCAACACGAACAGGUUCUCCAGACGACAGACGCUCGAUAGCUCACUCUGAAGAACCUUCAUCAGUGUUUGCAUCAGCUGACGCCACGCCCACGGAACACUCGAUCGCGUUCACCGAUAGGUGUCCAACAGUGGAUGAAGUUGUUGAUACUAGGACUAAUGUUUUGAAAGUGGAAGUGAGAACAGCGUCCUUUGAAGCGUCGCUCGCCGCCGAGUCGAUUGACUCGUGUGACGAAACACGAUCGGAAUCGACGGUAGAUUCUAGUCGGAACUCAAAGAUUCAAUCGCGGGAUAAUUCAAAGGAUGAGCAAGUACAGUCUUCUGAGAAUGAGAUAUUUGUACGCAUACCGAUACCACAGGGAGUUUCAGAAAAAAAUCCAUCACCGGUUAAGGCAUCUUUCAGUAAGGAGGAUGAGCCUAUACGAAAUGUUGGGUUAAGUCGGGCUGAUAGCGAAGUGACUAGUUCGAAGUCAGUUGAGGUGUCUGCAACGGAGUCAAUAAUAGACGCUUCCGAGUCGCUGGUAAUGGCAGCCGCGCCUACGGAAGCGCAAAUCGUUCGACAAGUCGCAGUCGCGCCGCUCGCCGUGUGCGAAGAUAUAGGCGUGGAUGACGACAAUAUCGACAAAGUGCCUCCGCUGCAGAGGGUUUCCACGUAUUCUAAGGAGUCAGAUCCCAGUGUGGUGAAAUUUGCUCAUAGUGAUGAACUGUCGUCGGUCUCUGAAACCGACAUUGUUAAAUGCGAUAGCGCAGUCAGUGAACGUAAGCAGCGGAACGACAUUUGUCCUUGGGAGGACGAGUAA